AUAAGCUAGCUAGAUUCUUAUCGAGAAAUUAUAUUCAGGCACACCACGACAAUCGCAGAGGGGUCUUUCACGCUCUCAAAAUCCACGACGAGGUCAAUUCACGGGCUGGUCGAUUUCAUUUGAUAUACAUGUGCAGUUGGAGCUGUCUUAUAUCAAUUGGAAAUCCCAGAUUUGAAGGACGGUGAAAAUGCGCCCUUUACCUAGCCAGUCGACCAGUGAGUCGGCCAGGCAGGCUGCGAGGAGGGAAAAAAGCUUGAACAAGAUACCUGCGAUGCAAAGGGUGGCUAUGGCGCUUGAACAGGCAUCCUCGUCUCUGAGUGCGAAAUCUGAGGCGAAAGCCUCUGGUAUCAAGAAGAGCAUCGAGGCGGCCGACGAUAGCGAUGCAGGUGUUGGUUUUGCGAUCGGUGCUCUACCGCCGCUAUUACCACUUACCAACGGCGCAUUUCAGAAUGCUGUAGAGGAUACGGAAUCGGAUAUUCAUCCCGAUUUUGUGGCCCCUCCCUCGUCGCAUCCACGCCACUCGACUCCUCCGGCAUCGUCAGACGAGACGACCCCAAGAUCAGAAGACGAAGAUGGGGGUGUCAGCACUGAUGUCUUCGCCGAUUUCGAUAUUCAGUCUGACAGCGACAGGGCGUUCUUGCGUGCGCACCUUCGUGAGGCGCCUAAGGAAGAUGUCAAUUUCCUCCUGAACACCUGCAAAGCAGCUCAGGUAGCCACACCAGUGAAAACGAAACCGAUCCCUUCGACGCCAAAGUCACAAACUCGUAGUGGCCUUCCUGGUACCCCUAGGUCAUUAUUAAAAUACCACCAGCGCGCCGCCAUAGUCGCCGAGUUCGCACAGAAGCACGCCGUUGAGACUAUACCUGGGGCCCCGAGCGUCAAUCAACUAGAAUGCUAUCUUACGGAGGUGCAGACUUUUGGCAUUGGGCUGGGGUUGGGGGCUAACCAGGCACUGGUUGAAGCUAAGAGCGCACAGGAGAAGCUGUGCAGGGCUAAGGGAGUCAAGUUGGAGAGCAAGCUGACUGCACUUGAGAUGCCUGGGCUGGAGUUGACCGAUGCCAUUGAGGUUCUCGCAAGCGUUCAACAGACUGUCGGCAACUUGUUUAACGCUAAUGGGGUACCGCAGGACGCCGCACAGAAUAAGACUCCUCCUGCGAAGCGGAAACGUUUCCGUAAGGAGGUAAAUAAGCCGAAGGUCGAGAGUGACGUUGGGGGAACACCUUCGACCGAGGAUGCAAAUAAGCCGAAAGUCGAGAGUGACAUCGGAGGAACACCUUUGAGCGAGACAGCAACAACGGAAAGCCAACCAGAAAAAGUGAUGCUUAACGACAGGAGAUCGAAACGACAAAAAGCAAACAUCGCUGCUAAAGCGGCAGAGGCCGAAUUUGCUAAACUCAACCCCGAAGCUCCUAAACUGAGCAGACGCGAACGCAAGAUAGCAUUCAUACAAAACAAAGCCAAGGCAGCAACGGCGAAUACACCCCCAGUAACACCAGUUGCUGUUAUAGCAGCUGCUGUCGCGGCAAAAGCUGAAUCGGUCGAACCUACCGCUGAGGCCCCUAAACUAACUAGAAAGGAACGAAAAGCAGCAUUCAUACAAAACAAAGCCAAGGAGGCAUUAGCAACUACGCCCCCAGUUGCGCCAACUCCCAUUGUAGCAGACAAUGAAGCGUCAGCGAACACACCCACGGUAGCGCCAACUACUGUUGUAGCAGCAGCCGUCACGGCAGAGGCUAAAGUAGAUGAAGUCGUCCCUGAAGCACCUAAACUGAGUAGAAAAGAACGAAAGGCGGCAUUCAUACAAAACAAAGCCAAGGCGGCACUAGCAAAUGCGCCCGCGGUAGCGCCAACCCCCGUUGUAGCAGUUGCUGUUGCGGCAGAGGCUGGAUCGAGUGAAGUCGACUCUGGAGCCCCUAAACUGAGUAGAAAAGAAAGAAAGGCAGCAUUCAUACAAAACAAAGCCAAGGCUGCAUUAGCAAAUACACUGGCUGUGGUGUCAGCUACUGUUACAGCAGCUGCAGACACACAGGCAGGCCCAGCAACAAAUGCCCAGAUCCCGCAGGUCGCCAUUGCAGCGCCUACUGAGCAGAUCAAUGCUGCAGCUAUGCUUACCCUGGCCACUAUUAAAGCAGAGAGUGGAGAGCCCACCGAGAAGUCUUCGAAUAAGAGGAAGAGGGGCGCUAAGAACAAGCCCACCCCUGGAUCAACCCCGAUCCUCCCACCAGCUAUCAAGCCUCCGACUGUAGCCGUUCCCAACGCCCCAAAGCCGGUUGUGGCUGCGGACGACGGGUUUAUCGAUCUUCGGGCACCAAAGAAGAAGAAGCGCGCACGCAAGUCAACUACUGCAACUGACGCUGGCUCAAAUUCGAAUGCGUCCGAGCUUGUGAAGAUCGAUGCUAUUAUUAAACCUGAGCCUAUUGCUCCUGUCGAGGCUGUAAACACCCAGCCUGAAGCAGAAGCCAGGCCGAUUGUUAUGGAAGAGGCCAACGACGUUGGUUUGAAUGCAGCUGCCAAGCGUAAGAGAAAGCGUGGCCCGCCGCCUCCCAAGAAGGCACUUGAUACAAACACGCAAAUCCCUACCAGCACACCCGCCGCUGUGGAAGCAGUGCCCGAACCUAUGGAUUUAUGUGUAGAUGAACCAGCUAGCAAACCCGUCGCCGCUCCUAUAAUCCCAGCAACGCAACCUCUAUCCGAGAUCCCAGCACCAAAUCCCGCUAGCAACAAGCGCCGCAAGCGGGGUAAUCGGAAAUCUAUCGGUGAUGAAAAUAAGACUGAAGUACUUGUGGCGGUCGGGAGCCAGGACCCUGCGAGUGGUGGUCAGGCCCUGGAAGUUGCGGGUAAUACGAUGUACAUCAGUCGCAGAGAAUCCAGCUCUCCCGUCACGGGUGCUACUGAGGUGGAAAGAGGGCUAGGAGAAUCGAAAGUGAGAAAAGAAACUAGGAUUAUACCGCCGGGUGCAUAUGGGGAAGCCAUAGUUGAUACCAAGGAUGAGCCAGUCGAAGACGAGGGCGCUGAAACUGAUGGCGAAGCAAAGGUCUCGGCUUAUAGUCUAAGCGUUCAAAGUGAGGCAGAUUCAGAUGAGAGCAGGGAAGACUCUGCCCUAGAUGAAUUUGAUCUCAGGGUAACCAGAUCCCAAUCGCGGGAAGGGUCCUCUAUAGACGCAGUCCAAACUAUGACAUCUACAAAGCAGCCAGCGUUUAAAUACGAGAUGGUUCGAAGCUCCACGCCACCACUAGGCAACUCCAGUGAUGAAGCAGACGAUUUAGAGAGUCCAACCCGUCCAAAACCCAUCCACCCGCGAAGAAACUCAGUCAUCCUCCCACGCCUCGCGCAGUCCCCAAACAAGUUGCUCUUACAACCUCCAGAACCCGCUACCACACUUUCCCCAGUCAAAAAAGAAAGGGCAGUCACCAAAUCCCCCUACUUCUCACCAGCAGUAUCACCAAAGAAGCCACUCCGCUCCCCUGGCGGUGUAGUCUCUUGCAUCCCAUUCCCGCCUCUCUCCUCGCCUUCAUUCGGCCUCCUCCAAGAGAAGCUACGCCAUGACCCGCUCCGUCUCCUUAUCGGUGUCACAUUCCUCAUCCGCACGUAUGGGAAGUCGUCGAUUCCCAUAUACUACAGGCUUAUAGAACUAUUUCCUACCGCUACCGACCUCGCGAACGCAGACAAGGGCGUCAUUGUAGAGUUGACUCGCCAUCUGGGCUUGCAAUCCGUGCGAGCAGAUACUUAUAUUCGUUACGCCAAAACAUUCUUGGAUGAUCCGCCGGUGAAGGGGAAGAGAUACCGCGUUGAAAACUACCCUACAAAGAACGCCCACGCGACUAUCAAGAAAGGCGAAAUCCUCUCCGACGAGGACGUGCGCGAAGGCGCCUGGGAAAUUGGCCACCUGACUAAAGGACCCUACGCGAUUGACUCUUGGAGGAUCUUCUGCAGAGAUGAACUCAGAGGGUUAGCGAAGGGGUGGAAUGGCGAGGAGGCGGAAGACGAGGGGUUCCAGCCUGAAUGGAUGCGUGUGAUUCCGAAGGAUAAAGAGUUAAGGGCUUUUCUGAGGUGGUGCUGGUUGAGGGAGGGAUGGGUAUGGGAUGCGGAGAGUGGGGAGAGGGAGGUUGCUGGAAAGGAGCUGGUUGAUGCGGUUAAUGAUGGGAGAGUGGUGUGGGAGUGGAAGGGGAAAGAUGGGAAGGGGGAUUGGAGGAUUUUGGGGAAAUAUGAGAAUGGUGAGAAGGAAGAGGGGGUGGAUAUAAAGGGGGAGGAUGGAUAG